UCAACCAGGGAUAUUUAUUUAAAAAUAAAUAAAUAAAAAAGAAGAAAGAAGGUUCCAUUAUUGUUUUGCUAUAAUAAGGGGGAAACCUCUCUUUCCUUUCUUGAGAUCCAAAAACAGCAUUCCAGAGUGACGAGCAAGCACAAGAGGCUGAAGAUGGUGAGGCAGAAGAUCAAGAUAAAGAUGAUAGACAACAUAACAGCAAGACAAGUAACGUUUUCAAAGAGGAGAAGAGGGAUCUUCAAGAAAGCACAAGAGCUUUCUGUGCUUUGUGAUGCUGAGGUUGCUCUCAUCAUUUUCUCUGCCACUGGGAGGCUCUUUGAAUAUGCUAGCUCCAGUAUGAAGGACAUAACUGCAAGGUAUGCUCAGCAUACACAUGAGAUAAGUAGAUCAGAAAGACCUCUUGAACUGCAGCUGGAGAAUGUCAAUAACGAUAAAUUACGUAAGGAAGUUGCUGAUAAAACCCACCAACUAAGGCAGAUGAAAGGUGAAGAUUUUCAAGGGCUGAACCUACAAGACUUACUACAACUGGAGAAAGCACUUCAAACAGGAUUAAAUCGCGUGAUUGAGACAAAGGAAAAGCGGAUCAUGGAUGACAUCGCAGCACUUCAGAAAAAGGGCGCCGAAUUGGAACAAGAGAACAAGAAGUUAAAGCAAAAGAUGGAUAUGGUGAAGAUGGGAAAAAGUCCAUUAGUGAUGGAUUCAUCGGAUAUUGGCAUGCAAGAAGUGGUGUCAUCCGAGUCACUAAAUAAUGCAUGCAGCUGCAUCAGUAGUGCCGCUCCUUCUUCUCUUGAAGAUGAUUCCUCUGACACUUCUCUUAAGUUAGGGUUGCCCUUUCCUAAUAAUUGAAAGGAUUCUUGUUCCUAAAGGUUGACCCAGUACGAGGUUCAUUGCAUCGGGCCCAAGUAAAAAAAAGGUGUCAUUAAACGCUAAAAUUUAUAUUGCAUGGGGUUCAUUUAUUUAACUACUUAAUUUCUUUCUAGCUAGCCACAUAAUCCAAACAUAUAAGUACUUUAAUUUCUCAUGUAAAAUUUAUCAAAAAAUGUGAAGAAGCAUGCAUGAGGUAAAGUUUUGAGGUAGCCAUUGCAAUCUCUAAGUUUCGUCAUAAAGUGAAUGCAAUAAUUUGUGCUUCCUACUUAGAAUGAAGUUUGUAAUUUCAUCCUUGUAAUUUUUUUUCCACGAAUACAGUAUUAUAUUA